UUUCUGUUUUGGUCGCCUGCCAGCGGCCGUCUGGAAGGGGAGGGGAGCCGUCUGCCUUCCGCUUCUGGGCUGGAUUGACACACAAUGAGGAGCAGAGGCUGGGGAGACGCUCCACAAACGCCGCUGUAAAUAAAUACAACAAUCACUGAGGCCGGAGAAACAUGGAGAACCAGUGCACAGUGCAGGUGAAGCUGGAGUUGGGCCACAGAGCCCAGCUACGGAAGAAAGUGACUUCAGAAGGUUUCACCCACGACUGGAUGGUGUUUGUCCGAGGGCCAGAGACCGGCAACAUCCAGCACUUUGUAGAAAGGGUCGUCUUCCGCCUGCACGAGAGCUUCCCCAAACCUAAGAGAGUAUGCAAGGAGCCUCCGUACAAAGUGGAGGAGUCGGGCUACGCAGGUUUCCUCAUGCCCAUUGAGGUUUACUUUAAGAACAAGGAGGAGCCAAAAAAGGUGUGUUUCAACUACGACCUGUUCCUUAACUUGGAGGGCAACCCUCCAGUCAACCACCUGCGCUGUGAGAAGCUCACCUUCAACAACCCCACCACAGAAUUCAGGAGAAAGCUGAUCAAAGCUGGAGGGGUACUGGUGGUUCCAGAAGGGGCUGAGGCCAUGUCCAGACCCAGUCCGGAUUACCCGAUGCUCCCCACCAUCCCCCUCUCUGCCUUUUCAGACCCCAAGAAGACAAAGACCUCUCAUGUGUCAAAGGAACCCAGCAAAGAAGGAAGUGGUGGCAGCAGCAAAGGACCCAAACCGCACAAACUGACCAAGGAGCAUCGCGAGCGGCCCAGAAAAGACUCUGAGAGCAAAGCCACUUCGAAAGGAGACAAUGACAGAGAUGGAAGCAGCAAGAGUGGCCGUGAUCCUUCCUCUUCCUCAUCGUCGUCUUCAAAAAAGCCGCCAGAGAUCAAAGUGAAAGAUGAAGUAAAGGUCCUUCCCAAGGCUGCAUUCAAGGAGCCUAAACUCACCCUGAAGGAUUCAAAGAUGGAGGGCAUGUCCCCCAAAGGAGGGGGGGCUGGGAGUGGAGGGGGUGGUGGGGGAGGAGGUGGGGGAGGGCCAGCAGACUCCAAAGCUCCGGGGAAACGGCCCUCCACUGUGGAGUCUCCCAAACCCAGCGCGAAGAAGCAGAAGAAAGGCAGCUCCGAGGGGCCGAAGGGGCCGGCAAGCGCAGCCUUCACUGGAACGUCUCCUCGUGUCUCCUCCUCGUCUGCAGCUACUCAGCCCUACACUGAGAAGAAACCUCCCAAGGAAAAAGGUCGCUGGGCCAAAGGCAAAAAUGACACACAGGAGCUGAAGGAGCCCAAGAAAAUUCCAGAGUCGGAAGAGUCGAAUUCAGAGGACGAAGCAUCUUCAAAGUCAGAGCAGUCAGCCCCUUCCAGUCCUUCCAACUCCAGUUCAAGUUCUGACUCCAGUUCAGACUCAGACUUCGAGCCGGGACAGAAACAAGGGCAAGGCCCUCUACGAUCCAUGGUGGAGGAGAUCCAGUCAGAAGAGUCAGACGAUGACGACAGCAGCUCAGAGGAGGAGACCCCCAUCAAGACCAACCCCCCCAACCGCGACUCUCGACUCAGCCUGGACAGCGAGAGUGACAGCAGUGACGGCUCGCACCGCCCCAGUCGAGACCCCGCCCCGCCCCCACAGAAACACAGCUCCUCCAAUAACAAAGUGUCGGGCAGAAAGAGUCCAGAUUCCUCAUUUCGCUCAGAGAAGGUGUUGAAGAAGGGAUACGACAAGGUAGGAAGGGCCUACACAGAAGAACUGGUGGACCUCCAUCGCAGACUGAUGGCUUUAAGAGAGCGUAAUGUCCUACAGCAGAUUGUAAACCUGAUCGAGGAGACGGGCCACUUCAACGUGACCAACACCACCUUUGACUUUGACCUCUUUUCACUGGACGAGUCCACUGUCCGCAAACUACAGAGCUACCUGGAGGCAACGGCCACGUGACAGGAAGUGGAAAGCGGCGUGUGGACGACGACAGCGGCGCCGGAGGUAGAAUCGCCAGCGCUUCUCCUCUUUGAGGAGGCGACGAGCGGCUACAUCUGUUGCAGCUGUCUCACAGGCCUGACUGAACCGUCGAACAACUACCACACAAACAGAAACACACGAACAAACACAAGCACACAUGAAGACGCACCACCUUCACGUGACGCUGGGGAGGAAACUGGAGGAGGCGGAGGCGGAGGAGAAUUAGGAUCAGGAGGUGUGGAAGGGAGCGCUGGAGUAGCUGAUCUCCGUCUACAGUCAGGAUUUUCACUACACAUCUCUUUUUUGAGUCUGUGCAGAGCUGUGGAAUGCACCCCACACCCGCCCCUUCACCCCCCUGCACUCAUAUUGCUCCCGCCUUUGCAAACCCAAUCCUUCCCCUCCUCCUCCUCCUUCUUCACACGCACACUCCUUACUCGGCAGAACACUCCAGUUCCCUUCCCCCGUUGUCAGCUGGAGCUCAUUUCUCUCCCGACAUACUCUUGAGUUGUGUGUGUGCUUGUGUUGUCUACGCGCGUGUGUGUGUGUGUGUGCGUGUGUGCGAGCAGUGCUGAGGUUUAAGAGGAGAUGUUGUCUUUGUGGUUACUAACUUCUCUUUGUUCGUAAAGCUCGAGCACAAACAACAGCCGGUUUCCCUCCUUCCCCUGAACACACACACGCCAAACAAAUAUACAUUCAGGUAACACUUUACUCUAAAUCCCCACCCAUUCAGCCUUCAUAAAUUCUAUAUUAACAUUAAAUAAAUGGCUUAUUACACAGUAUAAUGUAGUUGUAAGUAGGUGUAAGUGUUUAUUAAUGUACUGUAUUGGCCUGAAUAUAAUGACGACCCUGAUUUGACUUUUUGAAGAUACAAGUUGGGAAAGAGAGAUCCUCAUCCUUGAAGCUUUUUCUCUGGAAAAAGUGAAACAUAAAAUAACCCAAUUAAAGCCGAACGUCAGUCAAAUACUCACACUUUCUUGUGUAAGCAGCCAAAUUUAUAUUAUAUUUUCUUUUUGUCUCUUUGAGCUGCUCAUCAUCUGUGACAGCGGUAAUUCUUGGCUGCCGAGCUGAUUUUCUUUCUGGUUUGUUUCUGGAGCAGAAGACUCGUUUUCACUUGUGAUGAAUUUAUUUCUUCACAGUGAAACACAGCCAUCAGACACAGAGACCAGCAAGGCUAACAAUGUAACUAUGUUACAGUUACGGCCACACUAAUUUAAUUAUUUCAUCAGCAUUAUUUUUUUGAGGAAGCGAGUAGUUGUUUAGUCUGUAAGAUUGUGAAAAAUGAUCAUAAUAUUCUUUAAAUUACCCUUUUUUUGUUAAAACUCAAACAUGUUCAAUAUAAGAUAAUGUGUUACUGAUAAAAUGGUCAAAUCCUCAUGAAAUUUGGUGGAUAUUUUCUUGAAAAUUGACUUGAAUGGAUUAUCCAAAUUCUUGCCAGGUUAAUUCUCUGUGGAUCAACUUGUGGUUGAGGCUCUAGUAAUAAUAAUUGCUGAUAGGUACUGUGCAUUAAUAAGGACUUAAGUGUCCAUCUAGCUACAAACAACUACAUUAUAGUGUUUUUAUUAUAUGUUCAGUGCUUUCAGUGCUACAUAGUGGGGGUUAAAGUAAAGUGAUAGCCAGAUUCAUGCACAUGUUUAUCUCCCAGGUCCUUAUACUUAAAACACUGUACAUGAAGACACUGAGACGUGUGCUAUGUGUGCGUGAGAGUGUGAGUGUGUGAGUCUGUUUCGGAUGAGGUUUCUCUGUUGUCUGAACAUCUGAAAACAUAUGUUCUGUUGAGUUUCCCCCUCUACUUCCUCGCACUGAAAGCUGAGCCUUGACCUCCUACAAACAGCGCCCCUGCCCCCCUCCUCCUCCUCCUGAAGCUCCCUCACUCCAUCCCUCCUCUCCACCACCACCACCCACCUCCUCCUCCUCACCCCCCGCCCCCUCCCCUCCUUAUUCCCAUAUUGGCUUGCAUGAAAGGGCUCGACUGCUCGCGGCCAGAGCAGUGGAGGAUCACUCCUGAAUUGCCUUCUAAAGUGGUGGGUAGGGUGGGAGGGGGUUUAAAAAAAAAAGCCGUGAAAAAGUAGCCAUACUUGUCUCCCAGAAUCCAAAAAUAAGGAAAAUAAAAUAGGGGCCACGCUUUUUUACAUUUUAUUUUUCUACAACUGCGUUUUGUGUAUUUAUUCCCAGACUGCAGUUAAGAUAACCUGUGAGCUAUGAAUGUAUAUCGCUUUUACUUUUCUACGGCUAGCAACAGCCCCACUCUAGUGCCUUUUUCUGCAACUUGCAGUGUGAGGGGGGGUGUGCGCUCUGUUAGCCAUGGUCACACAGAUUGAACCCCCCCCACCCCCCCACCCCCAGAAAAAAAUACCCCCCUUGGGGAAACAAGUGUUAAUUGGGAUGCCUGAAUAUCCAGUAUUGUCUUAAUGGCUUUCAUCCCUGCUUCUCCUUUUCCAGUGUCUUUGUAGGCUGUUGUCUUUUUAUCAGUGAUAUUUCUGUUAAUCAAGGCCUCUAGAAAUUUUUCAGAUGACUAUUUUUCAUUGAUGGUGGUCCUGUUUUUAUGUUCUUGCUUUCUGAGAUUAGAUUCAGUGGUCUUACGAGGAAGCGUCAGGUGACUGUGGUAGUUUCUUACAUUAAUUAACUCAAGUAACAGUUGCUUUCAGCUGUGUUGUGUGUUUUUGUGAGGUGGUGUCGUUGUAUAGGGCCGGGGAUCCCUCCUCUUUAAGUGGUUUGAAGUAUUUGAUUACGGUGGAGCAUUUGAUACCAAGUUAGCAGCACUUGAGCAGCGUCAAACAAAGGACAUGUAGGCAGAAAUAUAAGCUAAACAAGGCACUCCUUGUGUUUUUCUUUCCCUAAAUAUUUGUAAUAUAUUUCUCAGGGACCUGCAUCAUGCAGCAAGUAGUGGGUUAGACAGAAAACUUUUACUCAGGUUGACUGGUCUCAUGAAGCUGGCUCACUUUAACCCAGUUAGAUCACUAAACCCAGAGAAGCAUCAGUUAAGAGGAUUAGAAAACCUGUAGAAGAUUAGUAACAAUGAGCACAAAACAUCAUGUUCACACACUGGUGGAUUCACUGGGCUUUAUAUGUUAACUACUGUAACUCUCAUAAACAAAAAUACUAACUACUCUCUGGUUCCAGCUUCUUAAACAGAAGGAUUUGCUGCUUAUCUCUGUCUGAAAUGAUGGUUAACUAAAAAUCUUUGGACUGAACAAACGUAUUGAAGAUGUCACCUAUUUAUUUAGCUAUUUUUAAGUUUAAUCCAUUUAAUAAAGAAAAUAAUCUGCAGAUUAAUCAAUGAUGAAAACAGUCAUUAGUUGCAGCCCCAGUAGGCUGUUUAAAUUAUGUCAGCUUUACCAGAGUUAACUGGUACACCAGUAUGAAGCUGUGUGUAGCUAUGGUGACACACAGCAUGAUAUACAUUGUACAAUGAUUUAAAACAAUUUAAGGAAGCCUACGUAAUAGAGCUAUAAAGCUAGAAAAAGUGAAAAAUGGCUCCAAAUUUGUUUUGUACGACCAACAGUCUAUAACAGAAAGAUAUUCAGUUUCCAAAGAAAGAGAAAAGCUGUAAGUUUUAAUAUUUGAGAGGCUGAAAACAGAAUUUUUUUGUGUUAUUGCAUCAAAAAUGACUUAAACUAUUAAUUGAAUAUCAAAAUGGUUGUUGUUUAAUUUUUCUUUUGAUUGACUAAUCAUUGCAGCCUAAGUGUAUUAUAAUACCUGCGCUUACUUUUAGCAUUUGAUUAUUCUAUCAUUUGGUUAUUAUUUCCUUUCUAUUUACCAUGUAUUGCUGACUUUUUUUCUUUCCAUUUGCUGCUCAAACGAUCUGAUUUCCCCACAGGAAUCAACAGUUUUAAUAAUUACGCUGCUCUUUAUCUGUUGAUGUGGCAUGUGAUUGGCUUCUUGUUACACUUCUUUAAUUGUAAACAAACUUGUGCGUGCUUGGGUAAAUUGUGGAUUAACAGAGCCAGGAACCAGCUUUGUGAGACUGGUUUUCCAGGAUCGCCCAGUGUUUGGUUUUCUGAAGCCAGAAAGCUCAAAGAAAGCCAGAGUGAGGUGAACUUGCUUUGUGAUUCAGGCCCCUGGUGUGUUAGUUCCUGUGGCCCCUUUAGGCUUCACACACACACAGAAACACACACACACACCAACACCAACCCACUGUGGUACAAACCUCAAUGAACGAUUCCCUCCCUGCCUCCCUCUCCUCCUCCUUCAGUUCUCUUCCUGCUGACAGUGUUUUUUAUUCUGAUGCUUCGAUAGCUUUAAUACUCUCACUCUUCUUCUGUUGCCUGCCUGGCCUCAGCAACAUGUACACACUCCCUCUGCCCUUACUGUAAAAUGCCGUCUGAACGCGGCCUAAAAAAAAAACAAAAAAAGAAGAGAAAAAAGAAAAACCUGGAUCCCUGCCGCCUUAUGUGCCCUGCAGUAACCCCCCCCCCCUGCUCCCAGUCCUUCUCCUCCUGCCCUCACUUCUUCCUCUUCCCCUUCAUUUUCUCUAGGUGUGCCUCUGUCAACAGAACUUCAGGCCAUGAUUAUAACUGAGAACGAACUUUGCAAACUGUGUGAGUGACGUUUGUGCAUCUGCGAGUGUGAGUUUGUCAGCGAUAGGAGAGAGGGAGAGAGUUUAAAAAAAAACAAACAAACAAAAAAAAAAACAAACAACUUUCCUUCCUGUCCCCUUCUCUGUGCAUCGAUGUGGGAACUUUUAAGUCCUAGUUCAUGAACUUUGACCUUUGACCAGGCACCCAUUCAGUCCCUUGUGGUGGUGGAGAGGGGGGAGUUAACGUGGGGACUCGAGAGAGAAGACCCACUGUCUACCCACAGUCAAUGUUUUAUUUAUGGACCUCUGCACUUUUGGCUGUGAUGACUUCAGUACUUAAGUAGUUACCUGAACUGUAUUUUUAAGGAUUUUAUACAAUAUUUACAUGCAAUACGAUAUGAAUUGAUUUUUUUUUUCCUUUGCCAACCAUUUUUUGUUUGUUUCUUAUUUAAUUGUCUUUAUUUCAGCAUGUUUGGUCACUAUUAUUCACAAACAAACAUGCCCGUUGAAUCUAUUUUAGGCGUAAAAUGUUGUUAUGGGGACGUUCCCCGUAUGUUUUUGUGUAUCAUGAUUCUGAUGACAGCUGAACACCAAGAAGCAGGUGUUGGAAAAUGUUUGCUGGAUGAGCUAAACUUUGUUAUCACCCCUCUGCUUCCAGUACAAAAUAACUGGACCAGAACGAGGACAUGAGGAGUCCACACUUCGGUUCAGGGAACUGAAAACUGUUGAGCUAAAAAUGUUUUUUUUCUGUAUCAUGUCCAGUUAUGAUUUGAGUGUUUUUUUUUGUUUUGUUUUGUUUUUUUUUUCUUUUUUCUACUCAUUAAUAGAAGUCUGUACCCAAACAAAAACUGUCAUCUUCACAUAAUUUUAUUGUGUUAUGAUAACAUGAGCCUGAAGAAACACAUCAAUAUGAACAGAGUUGCAAAGUUGUGGGGAGGUGUUUUUGAGCCGUUCAUUGUUUCCCAUAGAAGAUGUUCUGUGACUCACAGUUAAUUUUGCAGAUUGAAUCUGCAUGAAAAAAGUUGAAGUCGUGAAGUCCUGUCCAGGCUAGCCUCUGUUUUGUUAGUUUCUAUAACUCAGUGCAAUCUCAGUUAGUGUUUAGUCUUUCUGAAAAAAGCAAACGUAAUCAUGGAGCUUACGCUCCAUUUUCUGCUGCUGUGUAAGAAACUGAAGCCUCUUGAUUUUAACUAAGAUAAACAACAAGAAUUUUUUGAGUACAGGAAAAACUAAUGCUAAGUUACAUCACUAUAAAAUGUUCAGUGUCCACGACCCCUCGAUUCCGCCGUGGACUCAUUUCUUCUGUUGAGCUGUGGUGUUUAGCACAUAAAUGACGAGAGCUUGUGGGACAUAGUGUUUAGUAAAGGCAGCACAACAAACAAACAAAAAUAAAUGUAUAAGACUAAUAAACAAUGGUGCAAUUGUGACUACAUCUAAACAAGUGAAGCAAGUCACAAGACUCUGAAAGGCUCUGUUCCAAGGCUGUAUUUGUAGUUGUUAGCGCAAUUUAAAAAUGUCAGUGGGAUUUCGAAUGCUGGAACAAAACCCACUCAGGCUCUCUAUUAUCACAAUAUGUGGUCUACGACUACUACGACUCCCAAGAGGCAUUUCAGCAAAAUUCUGCAGAUUAAAUCGCCUCCCUUCUAUUUUUUUGGUCACUUCUUGAAUUCACUGCUGUUCUGACUGGCUUCUUCUCCAGAACUCAUGGGCAUUGUAAUAUUUUUAGAGCCGCUUUGAUGGAUAAAACAUGAGUUAUUUGAAACAAAGUUGAAAUAAUUGAAAAUGGCUGUCGUAACAUAAACCAGUAUGACAGUUAGAUUAUCCAGGAGAGUCCUGUGUUUCUAUGUUAAUGAAAGAACUAACUGAAACUGGGAAUACAGAAUGGGUGAAAACAUUCCUUCCACUCCUUCGCAACUCUGUGAGCAGGUCUGUGGGAGUGGAGCAUUUCAGCUGCGACUAUAUUAUAUAUAAGUGUAUAAUACAGCAAAGGUAGAAUAUCUACUGUGUGGAUCUUAAGAGGAUGAGGAAAAAGCAAAAAUACGGAGCAAAUGGUUCGUUGCAAAUAUGUGGAGGGGGGUGGGAGGGGGCAUGUGCAGACGGGGUGUUUCCUGUGUCAGUGGUCGUCAUAAUGUGUCUGUGACAAGGGGACAGGGUUGCCUGUAUUUAUAAAGGUUUGAUUUUUUUUUUUUUUUUUUUUUUUACUGGGGAGUAAAGGGGGGGAGGGUGGAGUCUGAAAUGUGUCCAUACAUGUGGUCAAAGCUACAAGCGACGAGCAGAACAAAUGAACUGGAUGGCAGAAGAACAAUUUGGUAUUUUUAAAAAUGAAAAACUUGGCAUUACAAUGCCACCAUGUGGCCAUAUAAUGCAAGUUGUUAACUAGGACAAAACAUGUUAUUUUAAUGUUAUUUUUUAUUUUGAAAUCAUAUUAUUAAUAAAGUCAUUAAGUACUGUU